UCGUGUGACCAUUCAUUCUGUGAGAAAUGUUUGGAAAUGGUUCUUAAAUCUCAAAGUGAAAUGAUGGGAUCGCGGCAGUUAAAAUGUCCGAUGUGCCGGAAAACAUCUUCCCUUCCAGAACAGGGUGUGUCCGGCUUUGAAUCAAACUUACUUGUAUGUAAGAUGAUUGAAACACUGAAGGCUAAAAUGAACUCAAGUCAAAAAGGAUGUGACAGUUGUGGAGAUACGGAAUCUUCACUGGUUACCUACUGCAGAGAUUGCUUUCAGUUGAUCUGCCGAUCCUGUUCAGAAUCACACCAAAGGAUGAAACUGAAGUUUCGUAACCAUCGCACUGUUCUUCUCUCGGAUAUCCAAAACGGGAAGGUGAAGUUAGAACUUCUGGAGGACUCUAAGAAGGUCGGCAAAUACAAGUGUGGCAAACAUGACUUCGAGUUGAAGAACUACUUCUGCAAAACUUGCAAAACACGCGUAUGUAGAGACUGUGUUGCCCUUGAACAUAGCACUAAAGGUGGCCAUGACUGCACAACGGUACAGCAAGUGUACACCAGUAUGCAAGAGAAGGUAGGACGUCUUCGGGCCAGAUGUCAGCAGCGAAAAGAAGCGAUUGAAAGGAAUAUUAAUGCGGCUGACGUGAAAGGGAGAGUUAGUGCCGCGAAUAAAUUUCAAGAGAUGCGAGAAAGUGUUGUUGUUGCCAAGCUUGCAGCAACCACGUAUCUAAACGAAGCAGAAGAACAACUGUUGUCAAAAGUAGGAAGGUUUGAAAAGGCAUUCAAAAGAAAUGUCCAGAUCAGCAGAGAGAAUACUACAAAGGAAGUAGAGAAUAUCAGUCGUAUGAUAUCAGAAGCAGAUAAUAUCACAGAAGGAAAUGAAGCACCCGAGUUUAGUGCUUUUCCAGAUGAGCUGAUCGACAAAAUUGAGAAACUCUUAGCCGAGGAAAGCAUAGUGGCUGCUAAAGAUGAAUUCUUAGCACUGGAAGGCACUUCGAUACAGAGUCAUCAUCUUGCAUUGACAAUGAACUCCUAUGCUGAUGUCUUUUUAUCUGGAGUCUGGCAAGUCAAAUCUGCAAUCAAACUGAACCCAAAUUCUUCCCCCGUACGAAUUUUCUGCAAUAAUGACCACAUCAUCCUGCAAACUAAACAAAACCUUUACAAAAGACCGCUUGAUGGGAGAGGUCGCUGGGAUGCCAGACUUCUUAGUGUCCAGAACAACCGAUCUGUAGCAGGGGUAGCUGUUUCGUUUAGAGACCAGGCGGUAUAUUUAUCAUUCCGAGACAAUGUGGACUUAAUGGGAAUACGGAUGGCACGAAUUUCUGAAAUCAAAGGAGAUCAUGGCUGUUUCUCUUCCUUUGAACAGAUGAGAUCAGUUACGCCGCCAUGUUGGUCAGCUGACAAAGAAAUGAUGACGACCGAUUGCUCAGGAAGAAUCAUAAUUGUGGAGAACAACUGUUUGGGGAAAAUGCCACAGGUGUUCCCUUCCACUGCUAAAAUACCUAAACCAUUGCACAGGAUCAACGAAUCAACUUCACGUUUCCGGGGCUCCACCAUACAUCCAACAUCUCCUAACUCUCUGGCCGCCGAGCCAUCACCAGGAGCAACCCCUCUAACCAAAAGCCCGACACUGAGUUUGAAGUCACCUGCUGUACGAAAUCAAGUUGCGGGAGCCCGUAAGAAAACCUCCAAAACUUCACCACCAACAAAUGAGAAGAUACAAAACGCAUGUCUUAACGCAUUUUCAUUGCGAUCUGCAACAGUAAACCGACACAAACCAAAUUUAUCUGGGCUUGGAAACCCAACAAGCGCCAGAAUUCAGAAAGAAAGUGAUAGCUUCCAAGUUCCUUUCGGGGUUGCACGUGUUGCGGUGGCUAAGACCGGUCAGUUGGCGUUUCUUCGAGAGGACAAGAAAGGGGUUGUAAUCACUGAUGAAGACGGGAGAAUCCAGCAUGAAGUCAAGGAACCUUUAGUGAUGUACUUGGCCAUCUCGUGCACGGAGAGUGACGCCCUCUACGUUCUGUCCGCCUCCUGGGGCAGCUGUAGCGUCACACUCACCAAGCAUUCUUUGGAUGAUGGGCGUGUCCUCGAGUUCAUCUUCGAAAAGCUCGAUGGCGUAGAAGUCAAUAAAGGGCAGGUUAUGGCGAAUUACGGCAAUGACCUUGUGGCCGUCAUUAUUGGUAAAGAGAUUCGAAUCUUUAAGAGGAAAGAAUGGACGGUUCUUGAUGACUAUGAUGAUUAUGAGUCUGAUGACAGUGAUCUGUAGGGACUUACAUGACAUUAGGCAAGUAUGUCCAAAGGUACUGUAGAACCGUUAAAGCGAGAAAGCACAAAUUUUAAUCUCAUUUUGUAAAAGGUUUUUACAUAAUAUUUUUACCAUUUUAUGCUUUUGGGGAUUGCUUUGCUUUUUUUUUUCUCCUAUUUUUGUAUCGAUAUAUAUAUAUAUAUAUAUAUAUAUAUAUACUUUUUUAGGGGGGCAGGCACGGCCCCAAGUCCCCAUCUAUACGCCAGUGUUACAAAUAUUGAUACCAGAACAUUGAUUUGAUUUGAUUUGAUUUGAUUUAUUUGAUUUCCACAUUUCAAAACAAAAACAAAGAAUAUACAAGUAUAAUUUCUUUUUUUUCAAUAUUACAUAAUAGGCAAAUAUUUUUUUAAACAUAAUGAAUAAUGCACAUAAAUCAUUAUAAAAUAUCAACUGUACUGUGAAAAUUAUAUCUAUAUAUACAUUUUCUUUAAUUACUGAACAUAUAUAUAUAUAAAUGUGGGAGACCUCCAUCUUAAGCUUGGAGCUUGAAAGUGAUGGAGGCCUCGAAAGGAAAGGGGAAUAUAUCAAAAGUGGAUAGGGAAGAGAAAUUUGAUUGAGAGAAGAUUAAUAACGUUGAUAAAAGUGAAAGUGCAAGUGCAGGUGUGCGAGUGUGCAUGUGCAAGGGGUGGGGGUGGGAUUAUCAGUUGUUUGGGUACACAGAAAGAUUUUAGAAAUUAUAGCUUGACAGCGUAUUUUUUUUCAGAACAGCUUUGAAUGAAUAAAGUGAUGUGCAUAGCUUAAUGUCAUGUGAUAAAUCAUUCCACAAAUCCGCACCGUAAUGUCUAAUUGAUUUGUGUGUUAUUAUUAGUUUUGGAUUUGUUAAAUGAAAGUUUGUGGAGUUUCGUGUUGGAUAAGAAUGGAUGGUGUUGUUCAGGGUGAACAUAUUUUGAAAGGAAGGGGGAAGUAAUCCCUUUUUGUAUUUGAACAUGAAUAUAGCAGCAUGAAAUGUAUUUAUAUCUGAAAUUUUUAAUGUUUUUAAUUUAGAAAAUAAAGGAUUAGAUCUAGCAAGAUAUUGUGAUCCUGUGCAAAUACGGACUGCUCUUUUUUGUAAUAAGAAAAUCGGAUUAAGUUUCGUUUUACCACAAUUACCCCAAACCAUAUUACAAUAUGAUAUGUGAGGAAGCACCAAAACAUUAUAAAGUAAAAAAAAGAGUUUUUUCAGGUAAUAUGUAUUUUAAUUUGGAAAUUAUUCCAACACCUUUGGACACGGAAGUUGUGACUUGGCUUAAAUGAUUAUUCCAGGAUAAAUUUUCAUCAAUAGUUACCCCUAGAAACUUUGAAUGUUGUUUUUGCUGUAGAGAUACGUUAUCAAUAUUUAUCGUUAUUGUAUUGUUAACAGCAUGUGUAUUGUAAUGCUUAAAGUGCAUAAAAUGUGUUUUGUUUAUAUUUAAGGACAAUUUGUUGCAUUUGAACCAAGUAGAUACUUUUCAUAAUUCAACUUUUAAAGUAGAUAUUACAGUUUCUAGUUCUGUGUGAGCAUAAAAAAUAUUAGUAUCAUCUGCAAAGAGGAUAAACGAUAAUAAGGCCGAAGUAUUUGAUAUAUCAUUGACAUAUAAUAGAAAGAGGAGCGGCCCCAAAAUUGACCCCUGAGGCACACCGCAUUCGAUAGUUUUAAAGGUUGAAUCUAUUCCAUUAAAUGUAACAUAUUGUUGUCUGUUUGAUAAAUAAUUUUCUAACCAUCUGUGUGCAUUUCCACGUAUUCCGUAUAAAUGUAGUUUGUGAAGUAAUAUUUUGUGAUUAAGUGUAUCGAAAGCUUUGCUUAGGUCCAAAAAUAUUCCAAUAACAUGUUCUUUAUCAGCCAUCGCUUUAGUAAUUUUGUCGUAAAUAUUUACUAGCGCUAAAUCUGUAGAGUGAUUUUUCCUAAAACCAUAUUGAUUUUGAUUCAAUAAAUUAUGCAAGUUAAAAAAAAUUGUACAAUCGUGUGUAUAUUAUUUUUUCUAAGAUUUUGGAUAUACUACAAAGUAUAGAAAUUGGGCGGUAAUUACUUAUUUCAUGAGGAUCAUCUUUUUUGUAGAUCGGGGUAACUUUUGCAAUUUUGAGUAGGUUCGGACAAACACCUGAUGAUAUAGAUUGAUUAAAAAUAUAAGUUAAAGGAUCAACAAUAGCAUGAAUAAUUUCUUUAAGCAUAGAUGUACUUAUCCUAUCAUGUCCUUGUGACUUACUAGAGUUUAAGGAUUUCGUAAUAUUAAUGAGUUCAGUGGGGUUGGUAGGAUUGAGAAAAAGAGAAUUUUCGAAUGGCGUUGAAAUAAAAUCAGUAAAAUGUGCAUUGUUGCAAUUACCUAUCUUAUUUGCUAGUUGGGGGCCGAUGUUACUAAAAAAAAGAGUUGAAUUGUGAAGCAUAAGUGGAAUUACCUGCGAUUUUAUCACCGUUUAAAGUUAGUCCAUCUUUAGGUAAUUCAGUUGUCUUUUUUCCUAUAAUCUCAUUUAUAACCCGCCAUGUCGCCUUUGAAUUAGCGCUAACUUUAGUUAAUUUGUCUGAGUAAUACAUCUUGCGAGAUAAUCUUAUUAAAUUUGUAAGUUUGUUCCGAUAUUUCCUAUAUUUUUGCACGUUUAUGGGUGAUGGUUUCUUUAAAUGUAAUUUGUAAAGACUGUUUCGAGUAUGUAUUGAUUUUAGAAUCCCUUUUGUGAUCCACGGGUUUUUGGCCUCACGGGAAUUUUGACGCUUCCUCACAAGUGGAAAAUUUUUAUCGUAAAAAUAUUGUAAUUUAUUGUUAAAUUUCUCAUAAGCAAAAUGCACAUUAUUUUCAUUGUGAAUAUCACUCCAAUUUUCUUCAAAAAGGUCCUGUUUGAAAGAUUCAAUUUUUCUGGGAGUUUCUAAUCUAUAGCGGGGAGGUAUUGUUGAUUUAUUUUUAGAUGAAUUGGUUUCGGAUAUCGUGAAUAUUGGCAAAUGGUCUGAUACUUCUGAAUAAAGUAAACCGCCGAUGAUUGUUUCAUUAUGAAUAUUAGAAAAAAUGUUAUCUAUCAAAGUCGCAGAAGCUGCAGUUAUUCUUGUGGGUUUAUUUAUAUGUGAGGAAAAAGCAUGUUAAUGUUUUUACUAUGUGUUAAUAUAUGUUUUCAUUUAUGUUAUCUUUUUUUUGUAAUAUUUAUUGAUUUUGUCUUAUAGUUGUUGGGUCAACGCUCAAUAAGGCUAUCUGCUCUUUUUUGUUGGCCCCUCAUUCUCAUAAAUAUGUUUUUUGUAUGUUGUCACAAUGUUUUACUUAUGUACCUUAUGUAUGUUGUUCAUGUUUUUAUUGAGAGUGUAAAUAAAUUGAAUUGAAUUGAAUUGAAAAAGCAUAAAAAUUAGUUAAUUGAAGAAAUCUUUCGGUAUUAGAAUUAUUUAUAUUCAGAAAAUUUGUAUUAAAAUCACCCAUGAAAUAAAUAUGUUUAUUCUCUGUAGAAAGUUUAUCAAGACAUUGCUCCAGAUUUUGAUAAAAUAUGUCAAAUUCAACAUUGGGAGGUUUGUAUAUUAAGCCAAUAAUAAUAUUUUUACUCUUAGGUAUGUCAAUCUCAAUAAACAAUGUUUCAGUUCGCUCAAAUAUUAUGUCAUUUCGAGUACGGAAUUUCAAAUUGUCGGAAACGUAAAAGGCAACACCACCC